CUAUAUAACUAUACGCAUUGAAUCGUUGUGGUUUAGUCCAGUGCCUAACAAAAUCCAUAUUUCAGGGGUCACAAGAAAUGAAUGCUCUAAGAAUGAUUUCCCAACUGAGGCCUCUGGCCAGGCUAUCUUCCACCAGCAGCACUCAGUUUGUAAACAGAAAUCCAAGAAACCUGGAGCGUAUGAGGAUAGCGCGGAAACCAGCUGGUUACCACUUGGACAAGCCAGGGAGAAGUUAUUGGCAUAAACUAGUCCUCACAUCAAGUCAACGGUCAGUUAAAGCUCAAAUAGUCCACUUCCUCAAUGGACCAGUAAUAGAAGCUAAAUCAACAGAAUGGGCAAUCAGAAAACAACUGUACAGUACAAUAGACACUUCUGCUUACAUUAAUUUGGGACAAAUCCUUGCACAAAGGUGUCUGGAGUCUGGCAUAACGGAGGUGUCCUGUGACAUAGAGGGUGCCAACGCAGGGAAGGUCCGAAUGUUCCUCAACGAGGUGAAGAAGUCGGGGAUCCGGUUGAAAGAACCAGAGCAGUAUGUUAAACCAAAUCCCUGGGAUCGCACCCGCCCUGAGAAGCCAUGGGAGGUUACUGAAUAAAAUUUUAUACACAUAAAAGUAGUAAGAUUAUUGUUAGUUUUUAAAUAUUAAAUAAGAUUUAAAUUA